AUGGACCGCAAUGGCCCUCCCUCUGCCCGUCCAGGCUCCCCAGCCAUGCACCUGCAAACCGGCCAGCAUGCUGUCCCAGCAGUGCCCAAGAGGGCGUAUAGCGCCAAACGCCGCCAGGGCGACGACCGGCGUCGCAGACAGUCGCUCCGCCGCGUCAAGAACUCCCAGGAAGAGCUGCGUCGGACGAGGACGCGCGGGCAGAGCAACAGCAGCGUCCCGGAUAGCUCGAACCAGAGCCCAUCUGCUGGCCGCUCAUUCACCGUCGGGAACGUGCACAACGGCCUAAUAUACUUGAGACCUGUCGUCCGGCCCGCCGCCCAGCGCACGCGUCCCCAGCCCGACCCUUUCGUCUUUCCUCCCCAGACGCCGCCCGACAGUGUCCAUCUCGACUCGCAGCACGGCUUCCAGAGCAACUCGGGCUCGCGCACGCCAACAAACCGAGUCGAGGCGCCCCCGCCAAUUCCCCGAGAUGUGAAUUUCGACAACAGCCAGCACACGAGGACACCCUCCAAGCCCAUCCAGCACGUCCGGUCGCGCUCCUUCUCCACCGCCGAUGACCACACCACCUCGCCCAAUGCCGAGCCGCACGGCACCUUCAAGAUUGUCAUAGAGCGUCCCUCGACGCGCCGCCCCAAGACAGCAGACACCGGCUCGCUCCCAGUUUUGCAGGUGCCAAUUCCCCACUACAGGCUGGGGACUCCGCGAUUCAGUGCGAGGGGGACGGCCAUGCUGCGGAGCUCCGUACAUACCAGGGCGUCGGGCGAAGACUACCAGCCCCACUCCUCAAUGUUUUCCAACACCACCCGCGUCGAUGACAACCCGUUUCCGUCUUUUAUAUCCCGCCGCCACUCCGAAGCAUUCCCUCCGACUCCCGUGCCGCAUCGGACGACAAUGGCCAAGGAUCCUCUACAGCCGGCUACUGCGCCGUCAUCCGCGCGCGUAUCAAAGGUCCCAAUUGGGCCUCAGAUAUACGAUGCCCUGACGCUCAAUCCUGAUGACAAUGCUGUAGUGAGGUUCUCGCCGACUGGCGAUAUAUUAGCAGCAACCCCGUCAAGACUGAUAGCUCACAUCACUUCUCCCAGCUUCUUGGAUUACGAACUGCUUUCCGACUUCUUCCUAACUUUUCGAUCAUUUCUAUCAGCUCGCGACUUGGUUGCUUACCUGCUUGCGCGAUUACGAUGGGCUGUGAAUCGACAGGAUGACUUUGGCCGCAUCGUGCGCGUUCGGACGUUUGUAGCUCUUCGACAUUGGAUACUGAACUACUUUGUUGAUGAUUUUGUCCCGAACUACCAAUUGCGAGUAUACUUCUGCGGCCUAGUCAACAGCCUUCAUGAGGAUCUACGGAUUCGAGAGGACGGUGGAGGAGGCGACAUCAAGAUUAUUGGAGAACUUAAGAAGUGCUGGCGGCGGACAUGUGCAUUAUAUUGGGAUGAGACGGAACUAGUGGGAAGGGACAUGCCGGACGACGACCUUCUACCGGGAGGCCGCAUUGGAUCGCGAGAGUCGCGAGAGUCGCGAGAUAUGCUCCCACCCGUCACACCCCCUCGGCAGACUGCUAGAUCGAAGGCGAAGACGGAUACCUUCAGCUCGAAUCCGAGUGACCAGUUUGCCAGCAAGCACAUGGACUGGGUGAGGAGCCCUCGACAUAUUCCCCAGCAAUCGCUCACCUCACCACAUGUGUCUUCCCAGGACUACGAUGGAAUGCCAGUUCCUCUGUCUCCUGAAAGCGAAAUUAGUAUGCAAGUCCUCUCAUGCUCUAUUCCGAUGCGGGGGUUAAACCGAGCAGACCCAGGAACCGACUUGCCCCUAUACCCACAUCCGGUGCCUGCCCAUGCAGCCACCAGUCCUCAAUACUCUGUAUCGAUCAGCCGAGCGAACCGUCCUUCGCACGCCCACAAGCGUAGUGGCAGCUUCUCAGAUGCCCUCAGGGAUCAUCGUGCACCACUCCCUCUUAGUAAGAUCAAUAGUCAGGAUGCGCGAGUCUCGUCAGGAUUGAAGGUGCCGGGCAGCCUAGUCCGAGGUGCUAUUUUCCAGCCCAGCUCGCCUUACAUUGACAUUAAGACGAUCGGAACAUUGCACUCUGCAAAAUCACACGCUGAGCUAGAACUUGUGGAUGUCAGUGGCCAAUAUGGAACACCAAAAACGGGGUAUGCCCAAAGCCCUGGAAUGAAGAAGAUACUAGGCAGUGUCCGCCGGGCAUUGAGCACUAAACCAGGUAACCUUCCUCAUGCAAACUCGUCUGGAUCCUUCGAGCAGCAACCUGCCGUAUCUUCUGCUCGGGUCUCGGAUCCUAAUCUAAUCCAAAACACUGCAUCAUCGGGUGGAGUGCACAAACGAAGAUAUGCUCGCAGCCGAACCCAGGGACGGUACGAUGCGUUGGCCGCCAAGGUUUCGGAAAGCUUCAAUGCGGCCAUCAAGGUAGAGCUUGAAUUAGAGAAGCAAGGAUCUAAUAGUGCCGCUGGAACUGGUGGGUGGGAUUUUGCCAUCAACAAGCCCAGGUCACAAUUGUCCGAAGACAAAUUAGGGCCACCGGGUACCAAUCACACUAGGCUGAAUAGCAAUGUCACUAUGGGUAGUCGAUCUAUCGUAAUAUUCGACGACACUAGCGUUCCAAUGGUGCCCAUGAUGUCUGGAGCGUUGCCGGUGGUAGGGGGAAUAUCUCAGUCUGCUUCUGGGUCACCGACAGCGAAUCAACACGAUGCUCCAAAGCCCGAGGAUGUACCUGAAGAACAGGUGGAGAUGACUAGGCACUCCGAACUCUACGAGGACCCACCUCCCCUUGAGGAUCUUGGAUUACGGUAUCAGACUCCACAAGACGUAGCUCGUCCGCCAUCCUCAAUUACGAGCCUGCCAAAACGGUCAAUGUCUAGUCAUAAGCCAGUAACCCAUCGGCCGUCGUCUGCACUAAGACGCCAGGCCUCAAUGAAGUCUGCGCGAUCAGCAUCGGCAUCGUUGAGGCGAUACACAUCAUACAGCGGCUUAAACAAGCAUCAAGCCAACCCUAGCCUGGGCGCUUCUUCAAUCCAGAGCAUGUCUUCAGACAAUGACCCUUUUGUCCUCGAUCGACAGCCCGCGCGACAACUUCGAAGACGACCAGGUGGCAAUCUCAGGGAGGCGGGCAACAUACAUGAGCUCGAGCCCAUUCAACGUCCUCAUUCCACCGGAACGCUAUCUAACCGUACUCACUCAAUAGCUAACUCUGUCAUUCAUACGUCCGGGAUUGCUACCAACCCUGUGGACCCCUCCGAGGAGAGCAAAGGCCUCGGCAAUCCUAUUGCUCCUGAGGCUGCAACACCAAAGAAACGUUUGUCGCUCGUAGAAACCCACUCAUCGCAACCAAACCUAAGACCUUCUUUUGAAGCCGAAGUAGCGAAGCUUGCUGCUUUGCCCGACGAUACCGAUGAUGACGGAGGGGUGGAAUCUGCGCUGCUCAAAUUAGAAGGGAAGUACGAAAAGAAGAGUCCAGAGCCUUCGCCUCGUGCGACUGGUGUUCCGGAAACUUAUCGCCCAACUGGCUCGCCGGAGUUCAACAACUCCCAGCAGUCAAUCACUCAAUCCUCAGACACCGCGAGAGCACUAAGCAGCAAUGCUGAAACAGUUGAUGGAUCAAUCAGUAGACGAGCUCCUGCUCCGGCUCCAUCGAUUGAAGGUACUAGUGUAUACAGAUUAUCAGGGGAAGACUUCGCACCACGACGAACACCUCCUGAUUCCUCGAUCGCCGAAUCUGAGGAUUCCUUCUCUUCAAUUCCACUUCUGGAGCGUGGAUUAAGUGAUGCAGCUGUAUCAAGGUCCUACAAGUCACAACAAGGUCGGAUGAGGGCUUCAGCAAAGCCAGCGCCUCUCAAUCCAUCCUCCCCAAGUCGAACCCGCACACAAACUACUCGUCAGUAUGGCUCGCCGGACUCUUCGAUGGAGUUCGUUGUGGAGACAGACAGCAUGAAGAGAAUACCAAAAGGCUCCACGAUCCCAAGAUCACCCAACCCGCGCGAGUCUUUUCUACUAAAUGAAGAUGAAGAUCUCAGCGACAUGUCCGACAACGAUGCCACGCCUCGGUCAGAUGGUGAUAGCCAGGGUGUCAGGAGUUUUUUUGACGACGAGCCUGCUGUUUUGGACAACGACAACGAUGUCUUGCGCCACCCGAUGCGUCAUCCACCCACGCCUCCUUUGACAGCCGACCGUUUCAACAAAUCGAUGCCUUCAGUCGACACGACAGUCUUCCAACGAGGCCUCCCCACGCCCGGUCUUACCCCAACCACCAAGCUUAACACCCUCCCCUUCAGCCAAGCCACUCAACAAACCGAGGCCAUCGAACUGAAAGACCUUAAAAAAGACACCCUUCCCGCCCAACCCCCUUCCCAUCUCCCCUUCAUCCUCGCCUACGACUCCGAAACCCUCGCGCAACAAUUCACCGUCAUCGAAAAAGACGCCCUCGACGAAAUCGACUGGAAAGAGCUCAUCGAGCUCCGCUGGAAACAAUCUUCCCCCCAAAUCCAUGAUUGGGUCGAAUACCUCCGCACCGAAGAGCCGCGCGGCGUCGACAUCGUCAUCGCGCGCUUCAAUCUCAUGGUCAAGUGGGCGCUGAGCGAGAUCGUGUUGACCGAGAAUAUUGAGGAGCGCGCGCGAUGUAUCGUCAAGUACAUCCACAUCACGUCGCACGCGAGGCGUUACAGAAACUACGCGACGAUGUACCAGAUCACGAUCGCGUUACUGAGCACGGAUUGCGCGCGGUUGAAGCGGACGUGGGAGCUUGUCCCCGCGGCGGAGAUACAGACGAUGCGCGAUCUCGAAGCGCUGGUCCAGCCGCUGCGCAACUUCCAUAAUCUGCGUGUGGAGAUGGAGACGGCGAGUUUGGAGGAGGGGUGUAUUCCCUUCAUCGGUAUCUACACCCGCGACCUCAUUUACAACGCCCAAAAACCGGCUUUCAUCGGUGACGCCCCCGUCGGCGGCGAGCGCCUCGUCAACUUCGAACGCCACCACACCGCCGCCUCGAUCGUAAAAUCGCUUCUGAGGUUGCUAGAAGCGAGCUCGAAGUACACGUUUACACCCGAGCCGGCGAUCGUGAGCCGCUGUCUGUGGAUGGCGGCACUGAGUGAUGAGGAGAUUGGGGUUUGGAGCCGGAAGUGGGAGUAA